UAUUUGUAGCAGCUAGUAGUGACAACAUUCAAAACCCCAACUCUCUCUAUCCACAUUUUCAAUGAAACGCUGGCGCGCUCUCUACCGGAGUAGCUCGUUACGGCGGACCACCCCACACUCUCUCUCCUCCUCCACCGCUUUCUGUACCGACAGCCAAGCCGACGGACCUCAAACCUCCCGCUUCAAGGUCUUCGAUCGCGACUUCCGACGCAAACAGCUUGAUCGAGCGUCGUGGCUGAUGCGUCCCAAAGACUCGUUCGUCGAUUCCGUUGCUGACAACUUGUUAGAUCGAUUGGAGGAUUGUAAGAAAACAUUUCCAACAGCAUUAUGUUUAGGUGGUUCUUUGGAAGCCGUCAGGUGCUUGCUCCAUGGUCGAGGUGCCAUCGAAAAGCUCAUUAUGAUGUCUGCAUCAUAUGACAUGGUAAAACGAUGUAGAAAUGCUGAGGAUGAGGUACAGAAUGAAAACAUCGAAACAUCUUUCAUGGUCGGUGACGAAGAGUUUUUGCCCAUUAAAGAAAGUUCUCUAGAUCUGGUAAUAAGUUGCUUGGGCCUUCAUUGGACAAAUGAUCUUCCAGGAGCUAUGAUACAGUGCAGAUUGGCAUUAAAACCAGAUGGCUUAUUCUUAGCAGCAAUUCUUGGCGGAGAAACCUUAAAAGAGCUGAGAAUUGCAUGCACUGUGGCACAAAUGGAGCGUGAAGGAGGUAUUAGUCCACGAAUAUCGCCUUUAGCACAAGUGCGGGAUGCAGGAAAUCUUUUGACGAGGGCAGGCUUUACCCUUCCAGGUGUUGAUGUUGAUGAAUAUGUAGUGAGAUAUCCAAGUGCUCUGGAUCUCAUAGAACAUUUGCGUGGAAUGGGUGAAACCAAUGCCCUUCUACAAAGGAACCCUAUGCUCAAGAGAGAUACAGCCCUUGCAACUGCAGCAAUUUAUGAUUCAAUGUUUGCAGCAGAUGAUGGCACCAUCCCUGCAACCUUUCAGGUUAUUUAUAUGACUGGUUGGAAGGAGCAUUCAUCUCAGCCGAGGGCCAAAAGGAGGGGAUCUGCAACUGUAUCCUUCCAGGAUAUCCAGAAACAAUUUGGAAGUGAGACUAGUUGAUCUCUGUGUCUAUGAGUCACGGGCGUUUAGAAUGCAAAUGAAAAUGAAUCUUGCAAGGUCAAGGUUUAUUCUGUUAGACUUUUAGACACGCUUUAGAGAUUUUCGUGAGGAAUUUUACUCUCUUUGUAGCCGGCAAGAUGAGCAGAUGUAUUAUAUAUAAUACAAGCCAUGUUCAUAGUAUAAUCAGCUUUUGAGACCUAAAGCUCAGAUGCUUUUGAGACCGUGUAUUUGUUAUUCUUUGGUUUUCCUUUUCUUGUAAUGCACAUAUUCUUGAACGUGGCAUGCAUGUAUGAACUAGUAACUAGUUCAUGUUAUUAUUAGUUGCGGGCUUUCAGGCUAAAUGCAACUGACGAAC